UUUCUCUCACAAAUUUCAAGCUCAGAAUCAAAACUAUCUUAUAGCUCUUAAAAUCUUUCAGUUGGGAGAUGGAAAUCGAUGAAUCUAAUAAUGAAACUGGAAAAGAGACUCCGAUGGAUCAACAGGAUAACAUCGAUAAUUUGGAAGUAAAUGAAGGUAAUGAAAGUAAGUUGAUAUCAUCUACUGAUGAAGAAAUCUCGGAUUACAAAGAUUCACCAAAACAUUCAGAAGAUACGUGGGAUGUUAAUCUUAAAGUCGACUUGAAUUUGUCUUCUCUUGAAUCAGAUGGGGAGGUGGCUUCUUUUUCUCAAGCAAUUCAGUCUCCUUGUUGCAAUCAGAUGGAACGAUUGUCUAAUUCUUCUGCGAAUACUUCAAUUCAUCUAAAUCAACAUGCUUCUGAAGAAAUGAAUGGUGAUGUUAUUGAUUUUGUUCCUGACCUUGCUAAGAUAUUUUCUGAAGAUCAAGUUGAGAUGUUGCAAAGAACAAGAGACAAUGAGGGUGAAGUGUUUGAAGAUUUUACUGACACAAAAGAUUACCUACAAAUCAAUCCAGGCUUUGAAUACAUGGCAAAUUCAAAAUGGCAGUGCUCCUCCUCCUCCUAUAAUGAACAAUCUCUUCCUUGUGCUGAUUUAGGUGAAGGAUCAAAAUCAAUGGAGGAGAAAGGUAAUAUAGAUAGAAUCAGUGAAUUACCUGAUGCUUUAAUUCAUCACAUUUUUUCUUUCCUUAACAUAAAAUAUAUUCUACAAACUUGUAUUCUGUCGAGAAGAUAUAGGUAUCUCUGGGCUUCUCUACCUACUUUGAGAUUAUCCGAGCACUCUAUGGUUUGUAAUACGGAUGAUAGUUUCGAAGAGUUGAAUAAAUAUGUUGUUUUUGUGGAUAGAUUACUACUUCUGCGUGAUAGUUCAUCAGAUAUCCAAACCUUCCAACUUAAAUGGAAAAAUGUUGGUAACUUGCUUAGUGAUUUGGAUUUUAAGUACGAAGUAACAAGACAUGUUGCCACAUGGAUCAUGGCUGCUGUUAAGCAUAAUAUUCAAGAGCUAAAUCUUACCAUGUGGUUAAGGGAGAUGAUUAAAUUGCCAGACUGUUUGUUCACCUGUAAAUCGCUGACAAAGUUAAACUUUUCUUGAUUUACUAGGAAUCUGACAGACUUUGUUCUGCCUCAAAUUCCAAUGUAUUUCCCCCGACUAAGAUAUCUGGCACUCACGGGAGUCUCACUUGGCGAUGAAAACUUAACUAGUAAGCUUUUCUCAAGCUGCCCAGGUUUGGAGUCUUUGGUGUUAGCAGAUUGCAGUAUAAAGUUCGAUUUUUCCUCUCUUAGUCUUAAACACUUUCAUCUGGAUAAUUGUGAUGAUGUUUGUGAGUCAACCGAUGACUAUGACAUCACUGUUAAGUUAUCCGCUCCAAAUCUGACAUCCCUUAUCUGCAAAGAUUAUAUGUCACAAGAUUAUUCUCUAGAGAACCUUUCUUCUCUAGUCACUGCUGAUAUUGGAAUGAAAGCGAGUGAUGAUUAUAGAGUGGAUUUACCAAAAACUGUUUCAGAGCUCGCUACAGAGGUUAAAGAGUUGUAUGGUGCUCAAAUGGUAAAAUUUAUAAGAGCAGUCAGCAACGUAAGAGAUCUUACAUUGUCCUCACCUGGGUUCCUCGAGGUUGUCUCGGAAUCUCUCGACUUGCUAGGUGACCCCUACUUGCAGUUCAGUAAUCUACGGUUUUUGAAGGUUGAAACAUGGGUGUCAAGUAACUGCAUAAAUACGAUAGCAUACUUGGUCAGGAUAUUUCCUAACAUCGAAUCUAUUUUCUUCACAAUUGAGCAGACAAAGUUAAAUGCGAACAACACAGGAGGCGAUUGGAUAGUAGGGUCGUUAUUUCCUUGCCUGCACUAUCUCAAGUUUGUUCAAAUACGGGGUAUCCAAGGAUGUCCCAAUGAACUUAAGUUCUUGCAAGCUUUGUUAAAGAAAGCCAUUGUCUUGGAGAAAGUAACCAUUUUCUAUUAUAAAACAGACUCACCUGAGAGAGCUGCACAACUGAUGGAAUUCAAAGAGAUGCUACUUGCAUAUCCUAGUGCUUCACCAAGUGUCUCAAUCUCGAUUCAGUCGUAGGCGAAAUAAAACUUAUAAAUUUCCGUAUCAAAACCUUACGUAGUAUCUAUGGCAUGCCAAAGAGAACAAAAGAGAAAAGGAAAAAUGUGUGGCUCGUUCUCUGAACAAUUAUACUUUAACUGACUCUUGAAAUUAGAUUUUCUUAAAUCGUGAAACUGUAAAA